UCAAUUCGUGACUCCAACCGAUCACCAUCACGACGUCGUUAGCCAUUGCCGAUUAAUAUUUGCCGAGUUAAUCGACCAGUUAUUUUAGCAAGUAUCAAAGCAUCCAACGGACAUAAAUCGUGAAAAGAUAAAAACUGACGGAUAUGGCUUCGACUAAGGUCGACUGGGGUCAAUAUGCUGACGAACAAGACAAAUUGGCAUCAAAGGUGACGAAUUUGAACUUAGAUCAAACCAAUGCUUCUGCACCUAUAUCUAUUGUAUCUAUAAAUGAUGGAGAUGCGAGGAGCGAGGAUGAUACAUCGGAAGAUCAAAUUUCACCGGCAGAAAAAUCACUUCUUCAAAAAAUUAUAAGGAAAGGAUUAGUUGAAACGACGAAAGACCCAGAGAUUCAAAGAAAGGAUCCACAGUCUCCGUUAUAUAGUGUCAAAUCAUUCGAAGCUCUUCAUCUUAAGCCUGCAUUAUUGCAAGGAGUAUAUGGUAUGGGAUUUAAUGCUCCCUCCAGAAUUCAAGAAACUGCUUUACCUACCUUACUUGCUGAUCCACCACAGAAUAUGAUUGCCCAAUCUCAAUCUGGAACUGGUAAAACUGCUGCAUUUGUACUAGCUAUGUUGAGUCGGGUGGACACUACAAAAGAUUAUCCACAAGUACUUUGUUUAUCGCCAACUUAUGAAUUGGCGAUCCAAACAGGCGAAGUAGCAGCAAAAAUGUCACGCUUUUGUCCUGAAAUAAAAAUAAAAUACGCCGUGAGAGGAGAAGAAAUAAGUCGUGGAUCGAAAAUCACCGAACACAUAAUUAUAGGAACCCCGGGUAAAGUGUUGGAUUGGGGACAAAAAUUUAAAUUUUUUGAUCUCAGCAAAAUAUCUGUUUUUGUAUUGGAUGAGGCAGACGUAAUGAUUGCUACACAAGGUCAUCAAGAUCAAUGCAUCCGCAUACAUAAAUUACUUCCACGUACAUGUCAAAUGAUGUUCUUUUCUGCGACAUAUGAACCAGAAGUGAUGAACUUUGCAGAGAUCAUAGUCAGUAAUCCAAUAAUAAUUAAGCUGUUAAGACAACAGGAAAGUUUAGACAAUAUUAAACAGUACUACAUUAAAUGCAAAAAUGUGGAUGAAAAAUAUACAGCUAUUACUAAUAUUUAUGGUGUAAUAACAAUUGGACAAGCUAUUAUUUUUUGUCAUACGAAAAAAACAGCCAGUUGGUUAGCAGAAAAAAUGACAAGAGAUGGACACGCAGUGGCGAUACUUUCUGGUGACUUGACAGUUGAACAAAGAAUUUCUGUGCUAGAUAGAUUUAGAGCAGGACUUGAGAAAGUUCUCAUCACUACAAAUGUUUUAGCCAGAGGUAUUGAUGUAGAACAGGUGACGAUAGUAGUUAACUUCGAUCUGCCGAUGGACCAAAAACGGCAAGCCGAUUGUGAAACGUAUUUGCACAGAAUCGGCAGAACAGGUCGAUUCGGUAAAUCGGGGAUUGCUAUCAAUUUAAUUGACUCGCCACAUGCAAUGCAAUUAUGCAAAGAUAUAGAAAACCACUUUGGCAAAAAAAUUCAUUAUCUAGAUGCGGAAGAUGCAGAUGAAAUAGAAAAAAUCGGCGCUUAGACAUAGACAUUGCGAACAUGCUUAUGGAUACAUCGAUAGGCUUAAUAUAUAUAUAACAUUUUUUAAAACGGACUUCUCUCUUUGUAUUUUGAAUAUGAAAUAUUUCUUUUUUACAUACACACACAUACACACAGACAUAACAUUCUUACAAUAAAAAAUUGUUUCUUUUUUUUUUACUUUCUGUUUUACUUCUUUUACUCUUUUUCUCUACCUCUUGCAGUUAGAUUUUGUAUAUUUCAUUAGUUUGAAAUGUAAUGAUUGGAUAAGAAAUGUAGGAAUAAGAAUAUUUUUAUAUGCCUGUGCUGAAAAUUCACACAUGCAUGUAGGAAACAUUAAUCUAUUUAUUUAUUGUAUUGAGAUUUUGUUCAAUUUUGUUUUUCAAUGAAAAGAACUUAAAGUUUUCCAUUUGACUGUAUAAUUCUAUGAUGUGCUUGACUAUAUAAUUUUAUAAAAAAAUAAUAGAUACGAAUAUUUUGAGUUUGUGUAAGAUGAAAAUUUAUAAAAGCAUGAAAAAAAUGAAAAAUUUUUUCGUUAAAUUUAUCCUCUUGAUCGCAUUUGAUCAGCCUGAAUAUCUCUUUGGAUGUUUAUGAUCAGAAAAUAAUAGUAAUUUAAUGAGCAUAAUAUUCUGAAAAUAUAAAUGUCAAUGGAUAUUUAAGAUGAUCACAUCGGAAUAGGCCCGCAUGUAAAAUCUUUGUAACAUAUUUCUUAUACAUACAUAUAAUCAAAAAAGAUUGUUUUGACAUAUUUAUAAGUCAUAUUUCGUGUUUUGGUCUGAUACUACUAAAAAAAGCAAAUGUAUAAAACAAGGAUAUAAUAAGAAUGUUUAUAUUCUAAUAAAAAUUUCCAUUUAUAAACUCUUCUUAAUUAUUUACUUAUCUGCAACAAUAGUUUGUAUAACACGCACACAUAAAAAGAAAAAUUGUAAUUUAAACAUACUUUUAUUAAAGCAAAGAAAAUAAACCUAAUUAUAAAAUUAUGAGAAUCUAAAUAAUUAACCUUCCACAAUUAACAUAUACAUUCAUACUUGGACAUCUUUAAUGAAUACUAUAACUGAAAAACUAUAUGAAAUAUUUCAAACAUUGAACAAAAGUUAUCCGUUUUUGUUUUUAGUUUUAUGAAACAAUUAUAUCAUUUGGAAUAUGGGAGAUUUAACAAUGGGCAAAAUAAUUAAUUUUAUUUAAAAAUUACUAUAUAAUUGAUUAAAUUGUUAAUUGGCCACAAAAUCAUCUGUAUAUAAACAUAUUAACAAGUUUCAUAACGUAGUAAUCGUUUUUACAUUAAAUGCAUUUGUAUAUUUGAAACACUUUUAUAUGCACUACAUGUAUAUUUACUUAUUAAAUUAAGAAAGAAUGACCUGCAUGAAAUAUAUGAUUUGUAACAAGAUUUAACGAUUUGUUACAGAUCUGUAAAACAAAGGCAAUAUGAAACAAAUUGUGUCUUUGAACGAUAGAUUCGUGUUAGAUGCGUCAUGUUAUCACCUGUAAUGUUUCAAAAUACAAA